GCGAGCGGGGUCGCUCAGCGGAGGGAGCGGCCCGCGCCAUGGAGCGGGAUGAGGCGGUGCAGGAGGGGCUGCGGCGCAACAACGCCCGCUUCAUGGCCUCCAUGAACAGCAUCCUGGAGCGGUAUAAUCAUCCUUUUGAAGAUGACUUACUUGUUUCCAUGGAUACUCUCACUUAUGAUACACCUGAAGGACCAAAACAAUGGGGGAGCAUGUCAAGGAAGGAAGUCGAAAACUGGAAGAAGAAAAUAUUUAAGAGUAAUAGACGAAGUCAAAGGACUAGAGGCAAGGCAGCUCUCAGGAAGGGAGGACCAGAGGAACACAGCAGUGAUUCUGAAGAUGAAGACUCCACAGGACAUCAGGAAUCUUCUGAGAACACUGGUGUGGAUUCAUCUGAUUCAGGUGAAGAGAGAGGUGAUAUGGGCUCAGUAAGAAGAAAACUUGAAGACAUUCGGCUCCAGAAUCAGAAGGCGGAUGAUGGAGAAGGUCUAAAGAAAAAAAGAGUCCGAGUGGAUGUGAUAGUACAAGAUGAUGAGAGAAAAAUUCCCAAAUGGAUAACGAUUUCAGCUCCAAGGUCAUCCAAAGAUCGUCGUUUAACUUCAGCAGUGCAAGAACAGCUUGAGGAACACAGCAGUGAUUCUGAAGAUGAAGACUCCACAGGACAUCAGGAAUCUUCUGAGAACACUGGUGUGGAUUCAUCUGAUUCAGGUGAAGAGAGAGGUGAUAUGGGCUCAGUAAGAAGAAAACUUGAAGACAUUCGGCUCCAGAAUCAGAAUGCCGAUAAUGGAGAAGUCCUAGAGAAAAAAAGGGUCCGAGUGGAUGUGAUAGUACAAGAUGAUGAGAGAAAAAUUCCCAAAUGGAUAACGAUUUCAACUCCAAGGUCAUCCAAAGAUCGUCGUUUAAUUUCACCAGUGCAAGAACAGCUUGGCAAUCAAGCUCCUGUUUGCAGAAAGAAGCUAGAGUUGUCAAAUGAAUGUUCUUCAUCCAAAUACCUACAGUUACAACAUUCUGGUGUUCCCAUUUCAUCAAAUGCAAUGGCCUCACCCAGGCAGCAACCUUGUUCAGGACUGAGCAUGACUUCAUGUGAUAGUAUCCAUGGAGAAUACCAGCCUGCAGAUGAGGGGUGCUCCUGGAGCAAUACAACUCUUGCAGACUUGUAUCCAGCAAUGUUAGAGACAUUUACAAAGCUCAUGGCAAAGCGCUCUCAGAGAAAAGUGUUAAAGCACAUCUUUAGAUACUUAAGGUCCAAGAAACGACAUUCUAGAAGACCAAAGCUCAGUGUCACUGUGGACAAAAUGGGAGAGUCCAGAGUCUGUAAACCAAAGAAAGCAUUUCACAGCACAUACAGCUGUAGAAGUGAAGACAACCAGAAUCCAGCUUUUGGAAAUGAGAGCAGAGAAUUCUGCGAAGACAGUGGCCUCAUUAGUAAUUCUUCUGGUCUGCUGCCUUAUGCUUAUACUGAUACAAAUGAAAUCAGAAUGGGCUACUCUGACUCAGAUUUAGAACAACAUUUGCCAUCUAGAAAGGGCCAACAAGUUUGCAAACAUGCUGCUUUUCCUGAUGUUAUGGAUAGAAUGGAUGAGACAUUUCUAGUUGAAGAUGAAUUGCAGACUACUGCCUCACCAAAGAAUUCAGAAUGCACAGAAAGUGAAAAAUCGGCUUACGAACGUUUCUCGGAACCCAGUUUUGUAACAUCUGCUGCCAGUUCAGAUUCAAGAGUGCCUUAUCUUGUAAAAGAGAGGAAGACUCAGAAAACCGACUUUUGCGUUGGUACCUCAGAGUUGUGCUCGUGCGCUUGCAGUUCCCAUGGCAAUAAUAACAGUUCUAUACCUAUCACAAAUUGUUCUCCUGCAAGAUCAUCAAAGACUGUGUUCAUAAAUCCUGAAAAAAUAAUUCCUGAAAGACAAACUUCUUUCCAGCACAAAGACUCAUUUUCCUCCUGUUUUAUGAAGCAGAGUCCUUCAAAGAUGCCUGAUAAAUACAAUGAUGCAUUUGAGGAACUCUACUACAAAGUGUGUUCUGAAAAAUUCCAAAAGUCUUUGACAAGAUCUCCUUUAAACUCACAGAACCUUGAAGAGAAAGCAAGAUUAGUGAAGAGUAAUUUAAGUGAUUUUGGGAGGUCCAUUAAACAGAGUGAUAGCAAAUUUGACAGGCUCUAUGAGAAAUUGUCUGUUCCAGGGAACAGGAGGGGAUCUGUUCCAAAUUUUCCUGGGUUUCAGACAGUUUCAAAUUUCAGGAAAUAUGAAGAAAUACAGAUGCCUGAAACUGUAAAUGCCCUUGUUAAUUCUCCCGUCCGAACUUAUUCUUCAAUUUUCAGAGUUAAGAGAGCUGGAAAUUCUGAAAACUAUCUUCCUUGUUCACCAGUAAAGCGACUGAGACUUACACCAGAACGUUGUAUUUCUUCAAGGAAAUGUCAGGAGAUUUCCCACAGUAAAAAGGGUAAUCCUCAGACAGCUGACAUGGAUUUUUUGAGCACGUACAACUGUAGCAACCCCAGCUUAUUUGUCGAUCACAGCUGUCAUUGUCAGGGUUCUGGAUCUCAUGAUUCUUCAGAUAAAAGUUCUCUUUGUAUUCCUGGCACUUCCCCGCAAGAAUCUAGGACUGCAGGUGCACGCUCUCGUUGGCCUGGGGCAAUGGAGAAUUGCAGCCUUCCCAGAAAUGUGAGGAGCCAUCACCCAAGGGUAUACAGAAAACUAAGUUACACUGAAGGGAAAGACCAAUUGUAGGAAUCCCUUGGAUGACUCUCUGGCUAAAGCUCACCAAGAAGCAUUCAUGGACUGCUACACAUAAAACAGUUUUAUAUAGGUUGGGUUUUAUUCAGUGUUCUUUCUUCUUCCAAGAAUCAAGCACUUACAGUUACAUGUAAGCACAUAGUUCUGGUUUAUACUUCCUUGUAAGACAAAUCUUUGAGAAAGGGUUCAUCCCUUUUGACAGGGCACUUGUUACUCAGUUUAUGGCUAAGUUGGAAUUUUAUAUUUGACACUAUUUGUAAUAACAGAAUGAUCUGUAUUAUUUUUAUUUGCUAAUAAGCUUUGAUUCUUACUGUAUUAAUAAUAAGGAACACACUCAUUUACCUAAAUUGCUGUUUAUUCAUGUUUUUUGAGAGUAUCAGUACAGACUCAAAUUCAGUGCUAUUUGCUAUGUUAAUGUUAACAUUUUCUAGGUAGAUUACAAAAGUUGAUAUAAUGAGCUUUGAUUCUUACUGUAUUAAUAAUAAGGAGCAAGCUCAUUUUCCUAAAUUGCUGCCUGUUCAUACUUUUUGGAUGUAUCAGUACAGACUCAAAAUCACUGCUCUAUAUGCUAUGACUUGAGUCUGCUAUGCAAUGUUAAGAGUUAAAUUUUUCUAAGGUUUAAAAUUUUCCAAGUCUGUUAUGC